UGGUGUCACUGUCUCACUCCACGUCGUGGCUGGAAAGCUUCGUCGAGGACUGCUCACAGGAGGACGACCAAGUGGAGGGCAGCCCCGUUGUGGACGACCAAGUGGAGGGCAGCCCCGUUGUGGACGACCAAGUGGAGGGCAGCCCCGUUGUGGACGACCAUGUGGAGGGCAGCCCCGUUGUGGACGACCAUGUGGAGGGCAGCCCCGUUGUGGACGACCAAGUGGAGGGCAGCCCCGUUGUGGACGACCAUGUGGAGGGCAGCCCCGUUGUGGACGACCAAGUGGAGGGCAGCCCCGUUGUGGACGACCAAGUGGAGGGCAGCCCCGUUGUGGACGACCAAGUGGAGGGCAGCCCCGUUGUGGACGACCAAGUGGAGGGCAGCUCCGUUGUGGACGACCAAGUGGAGGGUAGCCCCGUUGUGGACGACCAAGUGGAGGGCAGCCCCGUUGUGGACGACCAUGUGGAGGGCAGCCCCGUUGUGGACGACCAUGUGGAGGGCAGCCCCGUUGUGGACGACCAUGUGGAGGGCAGCCCCGUUGAGGACGACCAUGUGGAGGGCAGCCCCGUUGUGGACGACCAUGUGGAGGGCUGCCCCGUUAGCGAUGACUCGUUACGAGUUCAUCGCUUUUCCCGGAGCGAUGAAGGUUGGAAUAUAACAUGA